UUGGACUGCGCAUGCGCCGUAGUCCAACGUCCCUUCAGGCGUCAGAUACGAUCUUACAGUUCGCUUAGUUCGCUGACGCCAUUGAUCAGCUUCACUAGCCGCUCUGCAGCUGUUUAGCUAACGGCAGUUAUCGAUCGCGACGUCGUGACAACCGCGGCGGCUUAUCGGCUCCGGGAAGGAGGAGAGCUCAACUGUGGACGAUGUUACCCGCCUUGCUGUGCGGGGCCGUGGUGUUUCCAGGACUUUUUCAGGGCUUCAGGAGGCUUCUGAGGUCCACUUUCACCCACUGGAGCGACGCAGACGUGGUUUGCGUCAGCGAGAGGCUGGUGUCCUCUGUCCAUGCAUGUUUGGCUACUGCAGCCGGAGUCGCAGUUGUCACCGCCUGCAAGGAUGUCAUGACCGACAGCCACUGGCUGGUUAACGGCUUCGCCUCGUUCGGCGCUCCCUACAUGGCCCACGACAUCUACGCCAUGUACCUGAGCCACUACUACACUCAGAAGGUCAAAGGUCACUCCGCUGCACUGGGUGGCCACUCUCUUCGGAUGGCGAGGGCCUUCUUCGCCAAGGACCGGAUGCUGGUGAUCCACCACCUGGUGCUGCUGCUCUUCUUCCUGCCCGUCACUCUGUUUUUCCGACGGGGGCUGGGCGACUUCUUCAUCGGCUGCUUCUUCAUCGCAGAGUUCAGCACGCCUUUCGUGUCCAUGGGAAAGAUCCUGAUCCAGCUGGGCCUCGAUGACACCCGUCUGCACCGAGUCAACGGCGUUGUGGUCCUCCUGAGCUUCUUCGUCUGUCGCAUCCUCGUCUUCCCCUUCAUGUACUGGUCCUACGGCCGGCAGUUUGGGAUCCCGCUCCACAGGGUGCCCUUCCACCUGCCGCCGCACUGCAACGUGGGUAACCUGGCCGUCCUGGCCCCCCAGGUGUACUGGCUCCUCCUGCUGCUGAAGAAAGCCUACCGGCUGUACCGGAGAGGGAGGGGCAGGCCGAAGACGAGCUAAGUACUGGAGCCUCGUUCAUGUUUAAUAAAGUUUCAGAUUUCAUAAAUGACAAUCUUGUAAUAUUUUAUUUUAUAGUCAAACUUUUUACAGCCACGACUAAGUAUUCAUUUUUAUUUUCUUUCUUUCUUCGAUUAACUUUAUUUUCAGAUUAAUUCGACUGGCUCUUCAUUUUCUUAGUCGCUGCGUUGUGCUCUACAUCAUGUGAAUGUUAUGUUUUCUAAAUGAGAGAAUGCUUCUUGUACAAUAAAAUGAUCAUCUUUA